AUGCGAGUUAAUGAAUGCCACCCGGCUUAUUUAACAUUGCAUUAUGUUCUAUUGUUUCCUCGUGAGUACUCAACAAUUUUACGAGCUAGGAAACUAUUCCAAGAGUUUAUCGUAGAUGCUUGGGCAUCAACUGAGCAAAAUCGAUUGAACUUUCAUAGGUUGAACCAAGGAAAAAUUCAAUCCGAACUUUACGAAGAUCUUGCAGAUAUUGGUCCUGAUGGGUUGGGGCCUGGUCAAAAAGUUGUUCAUCGUCCAGAUUUGGUUGCACGUGUUUUUGAGUUGAAGCGAAAAUGUUUGAUGAGUGAGAUAAAAAAGAAGCAAGUGUUUGGCAAAAUUGUUGGAUAUGUCUAUACAAUUGAGUACCAAAAACGGGAGCUACCGCAUAUGCAUUUACUUUUGUUUCUUCAAGGUCCUGACAAAAUACAUACAUGUGCUCAGGUCGGUAAAGUAGUAUGUGCUGAAUUGUCAGAUCCUAUAGAAGACCCUUCACUUUUUGAUACUAUUAAGGGGUCAACCGGUUGA